CUCUGACUGCUAAAUCUCCGCCCUUCCUUCCUUAUCAUACCCACCUCCCUCUAUAUCUCUCCCUCUUUCUUCUCUCUCUCCCUCCCACCUCUUCUCUCUACUCUACUGGAUGAGACCUGUAACUUCUUAACCCUCCUCUUCCAUGCCCAAUUUUUUCUCUUCAUUGUCCAAUCUUAUUAUUACUUUCUACUAUAUUCAAACCUUCAACUACAACUUCCACUUAUAUACAUAUUAAUUUAUAUAUAUAUAUAUAUUAUGUAUUGUAUCUCUUCACCAACGACGCUGCCUUUUUCCUAUAUUUAAUGCACUGUUAAACACCCUUCUCUAUCAACAAUCCUAGCUACCAUUCAUUGUCAAGUGUUGUGUUGUCUGAAUCUCUAAUUUCCUACUGCUUUCUGAGAGCUUGAAAUUAAUUCAACAUCAGUGAAUCGAGCUAGAGUUGAAAAUGGCGCCUAAGAAUGGUCGUGGUGGAAAGCCGAAAGGGGAGAAGAAGAAGAAAGAAGAGAAGGUUCUUCCCGUCGUAAUGGAUAUAACUGUAAACCUUCCGGAUGAAACUCAUGUUAUUUUAAAGGGAAUAUCAACUGAUAGGAUUAUUGACGUUCGAAGGCUAUUAUCCGUGAACACAAUUACUUGCAAUAUCACUAAUUUUUCUCUAUCGCAUGAGGUAAGAGGGCAGCGACUUAAAGAAACUGUCGACGUCGUUGCACUAAAGCCAUGCGUUCUCGAACUGGUAGAAGAGGAGUACGAUGAGGAGGGCGCAACGGCACACGUGCGGAGGUUGCUUGACAUCGUGGCAUGCACCACGUGCUUUGGCCCGUCGGCGACCAAGAACGACUCCUCCUUCUCCGGCGCCGGCGGUAAGAAUGCGCAGCAGAGCGGCAAGAAGUCGUCCAAAUCUCAAGCCAACAACAAGCAAUCGUCGUCAUCGCCGCCACCGACACCGUCGAAAGAUGCGAAUUCAGUGGAGAGAGAAGAAGAGAUGAGUAAUUCGUGCCCUAAGCUCGGAAGCUUUUACGAGUUCUUUUCUCUCUCUCAUCUCACGCCUCCUCUCCAAUUCGUAAGGAAGGCAACAAGAGAACAUAAUGAUGAGACUUUAGUGGAAGAUCAUUUCUUUUCCCUUGAAGUGAAGCUUUGCAAUGGAAAGAUUAUUCUUGUUGAAGCUUGCAGAAAAGGAUUCUAUUGUGUUGGGAAGCAGCAGAUUCUUUGUCACAACCUUGUCGAUUUGUUGCGACAAAUUAGUAGAGUCUUUGAUAAUGCUUAUGAAAAUCUCAUGAAAGCAUUUUCAGAGCGUAACAAGUUUGGAAAUAUCCCUUACGGCUUCAGAGCCAACACAUGGCUCAUCCCUCCUGUCACGGCACAGUUACCAUCAAUUUUCCCUCCUCUUCCCGUAGAGGAUGAAAUAUGGGGAGGAAAUGGAGGUGGUCUAGGAAGAGAUGGAAAAAGUGAUUUGCUACCUUGGGCUAAUGAAUUUAUGUAUCUUGCAUCUAUGCCUUGCAAGACAGCAGAGGAGAGACAAAUUCGAGACAGGAAAGCUUUCCUUCUUCACAGCCUAUUUGUAGAUGUUGCCAUCUUCAGAGCCAUUUCGGCCAUGAGGCAUGUAAUGAGAAAACUGGAACUAACACAGUCAGCUGUAAGCAAUGAAAAUAUUUAUACCGAGAGAAUAGGGGACUUGAGCAUAAAUGUCAUGAAUGAUGCUUCCAAUGCUAGCUGUAAAGUAGAGACUAAGAUUGAUGGAUUUCGAGCAACUGGAGUGGAUAAAAAGAAUUUACCAGAAAGAAACCUACUGAAAGGGAUCACUGCUGAUGAAAAUACUGCUGCCCAUGAUACUUCAACUCUAGGCGUUGUCAUUGUAAGAUAUUGUGGUUACGUUGCCACUGUGAAAGUAGAGGGGAGAGAGAAUAAAGAAGUGAGUCCUCCACUAGAAAGCCUUGAACUUUUUGAUCAGCCCGAAGGUGGUGCAAAUGCCCUGAAUAUUAACAGUUUGAGAUUUCUCCUUCACAAAAGAGCAGCUUCAGAACACAAUAAAGCAAUACCAAAUUCACAAGCUUUGGAAUGUGAAGAGCUCAGUUCUUCUCGAGCUUUUGUGGAGAGACUGUUGGAAGAGAGUCUUGCUAAGCUUCAAGAGGAGGAAGUACAAGGCGACACCUUCGUGAGAUGGGAACUAGGAGCCUGCUGGAUACAACAUUUGCAAGAUCAGAACAACACAGAAAAAGAUAAGAAACUGUCUAAUGAGAAAGCUAAAAAAGAGAUGAAGGUUGAGGGACUCGGGACAUCUCUUAGAUCCCUAAAGAACAGCAAGAAGAAUUCAGAUGGAAGUAGUACGAAACUGCAGUCUGAGAACUCAAAAUCCCUUCCAGAUGGUGUCAGUGUAGAAGUGGAAAAUACUGUGUUGCCUUCUACAGAAGUUCAGCUUGAGAGUAAUGGCGAUGAAAAUGAGGUCACACUAAGGAGGUUGUUAUCCGAUGCUGCUUUUACUAGGCUAAAAGAGUCAGAAACUGGACUUCACCGCAAGUCUUUGCAAGAGCUAAUUGACUUGUCUCAGAAGUAUUACAACGAAGUUGCUCUUCCAAAACUGGUUGCAGAUUUUGGUUCUUUGGAACUCUCACCAGUUGAUGGACGGACUCUAACUGAUUUCAUGCAUACCAGAGGUCUUCGGAUCCGUUCUUUGGGACAAGUUGUUAAGCUUUCUGAGAAGUUAUCACACGUGCAGUCUCUUUGUAUUCAUGAGAUGAUAGUACGGGCUUUUAAGCACAUUCUGCAGGCAGUGAUUGCUGCUGUUAUUAAUACCGAGCAAAUGGCUGUGUCAAUUGCUGCUGCAUUAAACCUUAUGCUUGGGGUUUCUGAAAGUGGCCAGUUAAGUAAGUCUUGCAAUGUCCAUUCCCUUGUGUGGAGAUGGCUGGAGGUAUUUCUGAAGAAAAGAUAUGGAUGGGAUCUAAGUAUCUUAAACUACAAAGAUGUUAGGAAGUUUGCAAUUCUGCGUGGAGUAUGCCAUAAGGUGGGUAUUGAGCUGGUUCCAAGAGACUUUGACAUGGAUUCUCCAAACCCUUUCCGGAAAGUAGACAUUGUCAGCCUAGUACCAGUGCACAAGCAAGCAGCAUGCUCAUCUGCAGAUGGAAGACAACUUCUGGAAUCAUCAAAAACAGCUCUAGAUAAGGGAAAACUUGAAGAUGCAGUUAGUUUUGGGACAAAGGCUCUUGCAAAGCUGGUAGCAGUUUGUGGUCCCUACCAUCGAAUGACGGCAGGAGCUUACAGCCUUCUUGCUGUAGUUUUGUAUCACACAGGGGACUUCAAUCAGGCCACUAUUUAUCAGCAAAAAGCCUUGGAUAUCAAUGAGAGAGAAUUAGGACUUGAUCAUCCAGACACGAUGAAGAGUUACGGGGAUCUUGCUGUGUUCUACUACAGACUUCAACAUACAGAGCUGGCUCUCAAAUAUGUAAAGCGUGCAUUAUAUCUUUUACAUCUUACGUGUGGACCGUCGCAUCCUAACACUGCUGCAACAUACAUCAAUGUGGCAAUGAUGGAGGAAGGCCUGGGAAAUGUGCAUGUUGCCCUCAGAUAUCUCCAUAAAGCUCUCAAAUGUAAUCAAAGGUUGCUGGGCCCAGACCAUAUCCAGACAGCCGCAAGUUACCAUGCUAUAGCAAUUGCUCUCUCGUUAAUGGAGGCCUACCCUUUGAGUGUUCAACAUGAGCAAACAACGUUGCAAAUACUUCGAGCAAAGCUGGGCCCAGAUGACCUGCGCACUCAGGACGCUGCUGCUUGGCUCGAGUACUUUGAAUCUAAGGCUUUUGAGCAGCAGGAAGCUGCCCGAAAUGGAACUCGGAAGCCUGAUGCAUCCAUAGCCAGCAAAGGCCAUCUAAGUGUUUCAGAUUUGCUCGACUACAUUAGUCCAACUCAUGAUGCCAAAGGGAGGGAUGCUAUGGGAAUGAAGAGGAAAAGCUAUCCUCUGAAGGUGAAGGGAAAAUCUUACCAAAACUUAGGCUCAGAAAGUUCUGAGGAAUCUCCAAAAGAUACUCUGAAAGAGACUUUAGAUGAAGUGAAACAAAGUACUGAAUUUGGAGGUGAUACAGAUGCGAAUCACACAACCACCUUUCCACGAGUUGAGUUCACACAGCUGGCAGAGGAAGAAAAUACUGAGAAAAAGCCAGCUCAGUCCCAACAGCCUAUGCUGGAGGUAACUGCAACGGAAAAGGCAAUUGUCGCCAAUGAUGUCUUAUCAGAAACACAUGCUGAAGGAGAAGAUGGAUGGCAGCCGGUUCAAAGACCAAGAUCAGCAGGCUCGUUUGGCCGACGACUAAGGCAGCGACGGGCAACUAUUGGCAAGGUCUAUGGUUAUCACAAAAAAGAUGCGGUUUAUGAAACGGAUCAUGCUAGACUGAAGAACAACUAUCAGAAUAGUAGGUAUUACCUGGUAAGGAAGCGGACAAUGUCUCCUGGAAGAUAUGCAGAUCGCCACACAGUAAAAAACCCCUCCCUGGUUACCAAAUUUGGGCGACGAGUAGUGCAAGCUGUAACAUAUAGAGUUAAGUCUGUGCCUUCGUCUGCUAAAGAUGUGAUGCCUGAGACCUCUGGAAAUGAAGGUGAGGUACUUAGUUCUCCAGUAGAACCUGGGCCGAUUUCUUCAUCUAAAGAAGUUGGACUUUUCUCACAAAAAAGUUCUAUAGUUAGCCUUGGAAAAUCUCCUUCUUACAAGGAAGUAGCACUGGCACCACCGGGUAGUAUUUCUAUGUUGCAGGGCAGGAUGUCCAAAAAUAAUAUUCCUGACAGCAAGGAACUUAGCGUUGAAAAACAUGGAGAUGAAACUAAUGGGACGAAAUUAAAUUCUGAGUCCAUGGUAACAGAUGCAAACAAUAUAAAGGAAGAGAAAACUCUAAAUAUUGCUUUGGAUUCCACGGAUCACGUAAGAGAUGAAAGUGAAGUUGUUGACAAGAAAGAAGAAACUCAAUCAAAUGAUAUGACAGGGGACAAACAUUCUGAGAUAGUGCCUGCAAGUGUGGAAGUGUUCCAUUCUAGCUCAAUUGAGGUUCAUCUAGGUGUAGAGGAAAGCAUCCAAACUGAUGGCAUACCGAAUUCAAUUGAUUCUCACGAAGUGGAGAUACAGAAGGACUCCUCUAGCAGUUUUGAGCCCGACAAUAAUUCAAACUCUACCUUCCAAGGAGUAGAAGAUUUGAAGGAUAAACCACUGGUUUCUUGUCCAAGUGAUACCCGAGAAUUCCCCAACAAGAAGUUGUCUGCAUCAGCAGCUCCGUUCAACCCAUCACCAACAGUCACACGUGCAGCUCCAGUGGCCCUGACUAUCAAUCUCCCUUCUGGUCCUCGUGCUGUUCCAGCUGUUGCCCCUUGGCCAAUGAACAUGACUCUUCAUCCAGGAACUGCUACAGUCUUACCCACAGUCAAUCCAAUGUGCUCCUCCCCUCAUCACCCAUACCCAUCACCUCCGCCAACCCCUAACAUGAUGCACUCCUUGCCAUUUAUGUACCCUCCAUUUACUCAACCCCAAGCAUUACCAACCAGUACGUUUCCUGUAACUAGCAGGCCCUUUCAUCCCAGUCAUUUUGCAUGGCAAUGCAAUAUAAGCCCUAAUUCAUCAGAGUACAUUCCUGGUACAGUUUGGCCUGGCUGCCACCCCAUAGAGUUCUCUGUUUCACAACCUGUGGUUGAGCCAAUUUCUGAUCCCAUUUUGGAGCCAACGGAACAGGCUAAUAAUUCUGAGAGCCUGAGUUUCGCUCCAAAUCUGCCAUUGGACAUCAAAAAUGGGGAAGAAGUUAAGGAAGAAUUAAAUCUUCCAGCACUAGAGGCAAUGGAGAACUCAAAUGAAGCAGCUGGAGUCCACUCAGAAAAUGAGAAAGAAAAUAGUGAUUCAAAUUCAAGUAGUGUUCUAUGUUCUGGGAAUCAACUGCAUUGCAGUAAUGGUCAAAACAAAAUUGAUGGAACCAGUGGUGAUAAUCAUGUGCCAAUACACCCUUGGAAUAUUGAUAGUGAGAAAACCGUCAACAUCCUGAUAAGGGGAAGAAGAAACCGAAAGCAGACUCUGAGAAUGCCAAUGAGUUUACUUAAAAGACCAUAUAGUUCACAAUCAUUCAAAGUAAUGUAUGGCAGAGUAGUCAGAGGGAGUGAAACUCCCAAGUCCACUAGCUGUUCUCCAAAUGAAAAUAAUACAGCUAGUGCUACGUAAGCAAAUUUUUGUUGCUCUUACUGGUUAUGUGUAGCUGGAUGGUUGAGAAAAGUAGAAGAUACUUCCCUUUUUUUUCAAUCGUAUAAAGAGACGAGUAUUUUAGUUUUGCUGCUUUCGUGGUUAUCAGAUUCCUAAAUUUUGUGGUCACACAACUUCAUGAAAAUUGCAGUCUUGUUGCAGAAUGCUAUGGUUUCUCAAGCUAUUAUCUGCCACUAGGAGACCAAUAUGCAGUUACUUCUCAUUAAAAGGGCAACAGCAUGCGAAUGAAAGUGUUGGUGGAUGAAGCUUGUACUGUCUUUUUAACACAAGGAUUACAGCAGGAAAUUCACUUUUGGGAUGUGCAGGGGGUGGGGUGUUUGCAACUUCUUAUAUUCAUAGUUUUUGUUAGGGAAAUUCCAUAUUUUGAUUCACAACAAUAAGUGACUGAAAAUGAGUUUUUUGAUCUCCAAUGGCGAUGACAGAUGAUUUACUUGACUUGAUUGUAAAUGACAUCUAUUUUUAAAUUUUGAUAGACAGGAUAACCACUCUGUUCAAAUUGAGAACUACUAGUACCUGUUUCUUCAUUGUUGCUUUUACAGUGCAAUAUUGAUUGCAAAACAAAUUAUAUCAAUUUCUAUAGAAUCUGAAAAUUUUCAUCUA